CACCGAAAGCGUUUCAUGGCAAAAAUUCGCUGCGUUGAAGGUUGGAUAAACAAAUUUGCGAGAGCCCAAACUUGGUGAAAGCAACAGAUUUCGCUUGCAUUCAGUACGAUCUCCUACGGUCCAGUCAAACAAGGAUACUCCAUUCUGUCUGUCUGCUUACAAGGCCAUGGUUGAUUCCAGUGAGUCUAUGCCCUCCUCCAAGUUGGCACCCGCAGUCAAAGCCAAGCGCAACAACACCAAAGGAGCUGAACGAUACAUUGUCAAGAGAGAAGACGCCGAAGGUCUGUAUCAAAGUGCCCCGUCUAUGAUGCCAGGAGCUGGAUUGCCAUCUAGUCGACUUAGCAGAGUGGACACCGAUGACGUAGAGGCCAACUACGAGGAAAACUUUGGUAUCUUCCCCGUCAACAGUAGCGACGCCGCUCGCAGUUACAAAACUAUAUUUGAAGAAUCUAGUCUCGCUGACGAGACACCUGCCCAAUCACCAGUCGCAUCGUCGGGUUCAAAGUCUGACGACGAACUGUCGACCAUCUCAUCAAUCAAGACCUUCAAGAAGAUUUCGCCCAUGUGGGUUUUCAAUUCGUCUUCCGCCUCGGCAUCGGCCAACAACAACUUGAACGCCGCAUCAUACUCGGAAGCACCUUCGACUCCCAAGUCGCCUUCUGCCUCAACUACAAGUUCAACCCGGUCUCGUAUUCCUAAGGAUCCGCCAUCUAAUCCAUUGGCACACAGUAAGUUUGCUUCCCGCGGUGGUUCCAAACCUACCCGGCAACGAGUUUCGGAACCCCCCGCUAUUUUAUCGGGACCCUCAGGUACCUUUGAAAGCUAUCCCAUGGACGAUGUCGCGGACGCACUGUACGCCUCGCCGUCGCAAGACGCACCGGCAUGGACCCAGAGAGAAUCUUCCUGUUUGUCGUUUGGGGGCUCGCGUCGAAUUCCAGCGUCGGACGAGUCCUUCAGCGAUGUCCAAUCUUGGAUUUCCAUGGACCGUGUGAUGCGAAGCUCUCCUUCGUUUCCGCCGCCACAGCAGUCCAACAGCACCAACACCCUCCCUCGUGACAACACCACUGGUGGCGGCAACAAGGCCAAGAUGGUAUCCAUUCCAUUGGGUGGAGUUGAUGCCGCUAAUGCCAAGUCAACCACUGCAAAGCGUUCUCAGAAGAAGGUUCGCAUCUCGGAACGAAUUGCGCGUCCGUUUGCCAGCGGCGGUUCCAGCAGCAACAACAAAGGGAGCAAGUAUGUCCCGAUGUCUCGUCCUGCAUCUCCACCCAAUCACGAUUCUUCUGUCACCCAAGCAUCGUCACAGACUCCCGUAGAAAAGUUUGUCGACGAGGCCACUAUCUCCACGAAAUCAUCCGACGGAGACGAGCAAAAUCAGAUGCGCCGUCUCCGAAAAUGGGAUCGGGUCGUCCUUGCGGCAUUUUUGUUCGCCAGUUUCAUUGUUGGCGUCACGGUGGCAAUCAAGGUGCUGGGCCCUCACACUACCAAAAAUAACAAGGAAGAGUCAGGAACGCAAUGGGUACGAGUGGGCACUGCGGCACCCACGUUCACACCAUUGGAGUUUUGGACCCACAGUCCAAACACGGCAGGUCCACUCCCAGCCACCGUUGACGGUGCCACCGAAGAGCCCAUCGGUAUCCCCCAACCUGAGGCAGGCGAGCAACUUUUGGGGUAUGAAGAAGGUGAAGAUUCGCUGUCGGGCGGAGUGGCCACUCCGGCACCUGCUGAGUACGAGUUGCCACUCCCUGAAUACACAAUAGAGGCAAUUGAAGCAAACGGAGACUCGCCACAAGCUCAAGCGUACCGAUGGGUGAUCAAUGACCCUAAUUUGGACACAUAUUCCGAAUGGCGACGUUUGCAGCGAUUUGCCUUGGUGACUCUGUUCUAUGCGACCAAUGGACCAUCGUGGACUCUUUCCAAUUCUUGGCUAGUCUAUGGCAUGUCGGAGUGUCACUGGUAUUCGAACGCUCGUUGGGAAAACAGCAUGCUCUGCGACCAAGACGAUCGUUACUGGUCACUCACGUUGGGCCACAACGAGCUACACGGAACUCUCCCCCCUGAAUUGGCACUGUUGGAAGACCUGCAGCAGUUGGAUUUUCGUUCAAACAGACUUCAUGGAACCCUUCCUAACACCUUGGGCAACCUUGUGAACCUGAAGCGGCUUGAUCUGGCUGAAAACCAAAUCACAGGCCGCAUUCCGACGUCGUUGGGUGCACUCAGCCCUGAUAACUUGCUUGUUCUGGAUUUCUCCUUUAACAAUCUCACGCAUACUAUCCCCACUGAACUUGGACAGCUGGGCAGCCUUCAAAAGCUCUCCUUGGCCAACAACGAGUUGAGAGGCCCGGUGCCUACUGAGUUCGGUUCCCUAACUGGCUUAGAGCAACUCAUCAUUGAAAACAAUCAAUUGAACAAUACGAUUCCCGCUCACUUGGGCCGAUUGACCAACCUUAAUGUUCUGAAGAUUGGAUCCAAUUUGUUGAGUGGCCCGAUCCCCACUGAGUUGGGUUUUAUGCAGAAGGUUGAGGAGCUUUGCUUGAGCAACAACCAGUUGGUUGGAACCAUCCCGGUGCAGCUAAGCCAGCUAAAGGCAUUGAUUCAGCUCUCGCUUCACUCCAACGGGCUUGGAGGUACUAUUCCAUCUGAGCUGGCUGUGUACUUGAACAAUUUGAAGGUCAUGAAGCUUCAAAACAACCGUCUUGCUGGGCCAAUCCCAAUGCACUUUGGCCUGCUCACCCAGUUGGAUCUGUUGGACCUGAGUAACAAUCAACUGGGCAAGACAAUUCCAACCCAGUUGGGUACUUUGACUGCUUUGGAAACGCUCAAGUUGCAGGCAAACAUGCUAACUGGAUCAAUCCCAACAAACAUUGGUCUCAUGAGUCGCCUGGCCUACUUGUUGUUGGAUGAGAAUCAACUGAGUCAGGAGCUGCCUACUCAAAUCGGCCGACUCACUAGGCUCACGACUCUUUCCAUGAACUACAAUCGCUUGACUGGACAGUUGCCUUCAGAGAUCGGCCUGAUGACACACCUCUUGAAGCUUGAUAUGGUUGCCAAUGAGUUGACAGGUGGCUUGCCCACUCAACUUGGCAAUCCCACUGGUCUACAAGAGAUCUGGCUGAACUACAACAACCUCGAAGGACCAUUGCCGUCUCAGUUCGGCAAUCUUCGAGAUCUGAAAAUCCUUGUCCUUGCUGGGAAUGGCUUCAACGAAACAAUCCCUUCAGAACUAGGACAGGCAACAAGCCUCGAAAUGCUCUGGCUCAACCAAAAUUCUUUCUCAGGAUCCAUCCCUCCGUCCAUUGGCAGUUUGACUGCAUUGCUUGAUCUCAGUCUGUUUGAGAAUGCAUUCAAUGGAACCAUUCCAGAAACCAUAGGGAGACUGACCAAGUUGGACGCUCUGAAUCUGAAAGAGAAUGCGUUCACGGGGAUCAUUCCAACUGAGAUUGGCCACUUGAUUGGAAUGCGAGAGCUAAUCUUGCACACAAACCUUCUGCAUGGCAACAUCAGUACACAUUUGGGAGAUUUGAAGGACUUGGAGCUACUGGAACUACAUCACAACAUUCUCAGUGGAGGUAUCCCCUCCGAGCUUGGCCAGUUGGACAAGCUCGUGGACUUGACGCUUUAUGCCAACGACCUGUUUGGCACACUACCCUCAGAGAUUGGAAAAUUGUCCUUGAUGCAAACUCUUCGAGUCGAUCAAAACAGGCUCGUUGGCCCUAUCCCAGAUACCAUCGGAGGCAUGACAUCGCUGGUCAAUUUGAAUCUCCAUCGAAACUCCUUCACCGGAACACUGCCAACGCACCUUGGAAACCUCACGAGGCUGCAGGAAGCCCGCUUUUAUGACAACGAGCUUCGAGGUACAAUCCCCACUCAAGUUGGCCUCCUUAGGAGCUUGAAGAAGAUUUCGAUGUCAAGCAACAACAUCAAUGGAACCAUUCCAGCUCAAUUUGGCCAAUUGCCUGCGCUACAAGGGCUGUGGUUGCACAAGAACGGUCUCUCAGGUUCCAUACCGACCAGCCUCGGUGGUUUGAAGGAGCUUGUGUGGUUGAGUCUCGAGGACAACUUGUUGGUACACACCAUUCCAACAGAGUUUGGCAAUUUGACAAAGCUGCAAGAGUUGCAUCUGUUUCAUAACAAACUAGGUGGAAAGAUACCUGUACAGCUCGGUGCCAUGACGUCCUUGAAACGAAUUACUCUCUCUGCCAACCAACUGACUGGCUUGAUUCCAACAGAAUUCGGUAAGCUGUAUGCCCUGGAAGGACUAUGGCUUUACUCGAACAAAUUGGUUGGUCAAAUUCCUUCCGAACUCGGUGAACUGAGAGCACUCAAGUGGCUCAGUCUCCAAGGCAACCAGUUGAGCUUUCAGAUUCCUCCGGCAUUGGGCAACCUAAGUUCUCUGCUCGAACUUGAACUCGGUUCCAACCAGCUCACUGGUGACGUACCCAGCGCACUAGACAACUUUCCGGGUCUUCGGCUGCUGCAGCUCGAAAAGAACAAUCUCAUCGGGAUCGUGUCCACCACGUUGUGUACCAGCAUAGUAUCCGGCCAACUCGAGCUUUCUGUGGAUUGUGGCGAAGUUGCUUGCAACUGUGGUUGUACCUGUGGCGAGACUCCACCGCCAGUUUUUGCGUCGACGACGGCUAACAACAAGAACACUCCAUCGGAAACCGACUCGGCCAUUAAUAUCAAUCCAACGCAACGAAACGGCUUUGCCGUCACAAGACCAGUGUCGGUAAAUCCAAAUGGCUACAGCCGCAAACGAGUUCCAAAUGGAGGCCAAGGUUGACAGCACUAGUAGUAGUAUGCAGCCGGCUUUUGGGUUUGGUUUUAAUGUGGUCAGCGGCAUUUCAUGUGGGGAGCUGUAAUGUUGAUAUUUUAAAUGCUGCAUAUAUACUUGUC